AUGCCACCACCUCGUACAGUCCACACAUUCAAACAAGACCACCAUAUUCAACAUGCACUGCCUACUACCACAAUUUUGCAGGGGAAAAACUUGGAACACUUAGAGAUCCCACUACUUGAUAUAGAAGAGGCAACAGAGAAUUUAUCUGAAAAAUACCUCAUUGGGUCGGGCACAUAUGGUCAUGUCCACAAAACAGAACUUUACCAUUUUGAUAGCAAAAGCUUGGUGCCAUUAGAAGUGAAAAAUAAAAGCGAACUUCCAAAAAAACGCAGCACUGUAGCUAUAAAGCGGAUAUUGAUUAGAGAAGACAAACAAGGAGAGCAAGGGUUCCUUGCAGAAAUCGAAAUGCUUACCGGUUGCAAACAUCCUAACAUAGUCUCUCUUCUUGGCUUUUGUAAUGAAGGUCGCCAUAUGAUACUUGUCUAUGAGCAUGCCUCUAAUGGCAGCCUUGAUGAAUAUUUGGAAGGCACUGGUAGCCUGACUAAUCUAACUUGGGUUCAACGUAUAAAGAUAUGCAUUGAUGUUGCAUGUGGGUUGAAUUACAUUCACAACAAGAUAGAUGAUGAUCGAAGGAUAAUACACCGUGACAUAAAAAGCGGUAACAUUCUGUUGACUGAGAAUUGGGAGGCGAAGAUUGCCGAUUUUGGCCUUUCUAAAUUCCGCCCAGAGAAUGAACAGUUGAACACACUCUAUACAGAAAAUAUUGCGGGCACAAAAGUGUAUUUGGAUCCAGAAUAUGAUAAAACAGGUCGGUUGAAGAAUGAAACAGAUAUUUACUCUUUCGGGGUAGUUUUAUUUGAGAUGUUGUCUGGGAGGUUUGCCAAUGAUCCAAUUUACACCAAGGAAGAUAUUAAUGGGAUUGCACCUGUCGCACGAAGACGCUUUAAUGAUGGAACAAUAAAGGGAAUGUUUGAUCCUAGGUUAAUGGAAGAAAAUCGUGAAAACAUUUUCAGUCUAAACAAAGGACCAGAUCCAGAUUCCUUAGAUGCAUUUUCAAAAAUUGCCUAUCAGUGUGUGGCAGAAACUCAAGUUGAGCGUCCAACAGCGGAAGUCAUUGUCAUGAAACUCGAAGAAUCAUUAUCUUUACAUGAAAACUCCAAAGACAGCAUCAAAAUUUCACUGGAGGAGAUAAAAUCGGCCACACAAAACUUGAGUGAUGAUCACUUGCUUGGUACGGGUGGAUUCGGGAAAAUCUACAAAGGACAAGUUACACACGCUACUGGAUGUAAUGCCAUUGCUGCAAAACGGCUGGACAAACGGUUCGGUCAGGGAGAACCAGAAUUUUUGUCGGAGCUGCAAAUUCUUUUGGAGUAUAAACAUGAGAAUAUCAUCGGUCUUGUGGGUUAUUGCAACGAAUUGGGUGAAAGCAUCAUUGUUUAUGAGUAUGCAUCUAGAGGAAAUCUUGGUAAGUACUUGUCAGACAAUGGUCUUUCGUGGACUAAACGACUCAAGAUAUGUAUUGAUAUAACAAGCGGGUUGGAUUUCCUUCAUGGAGGUGGAGUAACACAAGAAGUGGUCAUACAUAGGGACAUCAAAAGUGCAAACAUUCUACUAGAUGAUGACUGGAAAGCAAAAAUUACAGAUUUUGCGGUUUCCUUGAUAAGUCCAAUAAAUAAAGAUAUGGAAUUUAUCAUCGAAAACGCUUUAGGCACACCCGACUACUGUGACCCACUGUACGCAGAAUCAGGUUUCCUUACAGAAAAAUCUGAUAUAUAUUCACUUGGUAUCGUCUUAUUUUAG